AUUUAUAUCGAUAUAAUGCGAUGGACGCAACUACGCAAGUGUUUAUCAAUAUUUAUUUGUUGAAGUUAUAACCGUGGCUCUUCCAUAAUAUUGCUAAAGUAAAUGCUGUAUUAAGCUUAAUUAUCUCUUAAAUCGAUCUAUUCACUGAGGAAGUAUGCCGGGCCCAGUUGAACAUCGAAGCGUUACACCAAUAAUAAAAUUUAUUCGAGAAGUUUGUCGAGGCAGAAAAGUUGUGCUAAACAAUAGAUAUCCCGAUGAACAAGCUGCACGUACUCAACCUCCACCAGAAGUACCAGGAGGUCCAUAUCACAAAACUUCACAAAUUUACUACUACCUUCGAGAUGCAAGACGUGAGGUUGAACCGCCAGUGUUGAUUACAGGAUCAAAACAGAUUAGUACAGAGGAGAAGCCUGUUACUGAAAAGAAAUAUAUUACUCCUGGAAAGACUUAUAAUUGGGAUUCUUAACUUCUCAGAAUUAAGCUAGUCAUUGACAUGUUGCAAAUACAUUGGUAUUGUUCAACGAGUUUGCUUAGCAAUUGUACAUAGAAAAUAAAUUGCUUUUAUCUGUUA